UGGCAGGCCGCGCUGAACACGCUCAACCCCAACCCCACGGACAGCUGUCCCCUGUACCUCAACUGCGCCACCGUGGCCGCCCUGCCCUCGAGGGUCAGCAGACACAACAGCCCCUCCGCCGCCCACUUCGUGACCCGCCUGGUGCGCACCUGCCUGCCCGCCGGGACCCAUCGGUGUAUCCUGAUGGUCUGUGAGCGGGCCGACGUCUUCGCCUCAGCCUGCGCCCUGGCCCGGGCCUUCCCCCUGUUCUCCCACCGAUCAGGCACCGCCCGGCGAGCGGAGAAGACGGUCACAGUCGAGUUCUUCCUGGUGGGACAAGACAAUGGGCCCAUGGAGGUCUCCACGCUGCAAUGCCUGACCAGUGCCACGGAAGGAGUGCGGCUGGCAGCCCGGAUCGUGGACACGCCCUGCAAUGAGAUGAACACAGACACUUUCCUGGAGGAAAUUAAGAAAGUGGGAAAAGAGCUCGGGAUUACGCCGACCGUCAUCCGAGAUGAGGAGCUGAGGACGAGAGGAUUCGGAGGAAUCUACGGUGUUGGCAAAGCUGCUGUGCACCCACCUGCUCUGGCCGUCCUGAGCCACAUGCCAGAAGGUGCCACGCAGACCAUUGCAUGGGUUGGCAAGGGCAUUGUGUAUGACACUGGAGGCCUCAGCAUCAAGGGCAAGACCACCAUGCCCGGGAUGAAACGGGACUGUGGUGGGGCCGCUGCCAUCCUGGGAGCCUUCCGAGCCACUGUCAGACAGGGUUUCAAGGACAACCUCCAUGCUGUGUUCUGCUUGGCGGAGAAUGCCGUAGGGCCCAAUGCCACGAGGCCAGAUGACAUUCACCUGCUGUACUCAGGAAAGACUGUGGAGAUCAACAACACGGACGCCGAGGGCCGCCUGGUGCUGGCUGACGGCGUGGCCUACGCCUCUAAGGACCUGGGCGCAGACAUCAUCCUGGACAUGGCCACACUGACCGGGGCGCAGGGCAUCGCCACCGGGAAGCACCACGCUGCUGUGCUCACCAACUGCGCCGAGUGGGAGACGGCCUGCGUGACUGCUGGGCGCAAAUGCGGGGACCUGGUGCACCCCCUGGUCUACUGCCCUGAGCUACACUUCAGCGAGUUCACCUCGGCCGUUGCUGACAUGAAGAACUCCGUGGCGGACCGGGACAACAGCCCUAGCUCCUGCGCCGGCCUCUUCAUCGCUGCCCACAUCGGCUUUGACUGGCCUGGAGUCUGGGUCCACCUGGACAUUGCGGCUCCUGUACAUGCUGGAGAGCGGGCCACGGGCUUUGGGGUGGCCUUUCUGCUGGCACUCUUCGGCCAGGCCUCCGAGGACCCCCUGCUGAACCUGGUGUCCCCGCUGGGCAGUGAGACCAGCACGCAGCUGGAGGACGCUGAGCGGGAUUCCAAGAGGCGCAGGCUGGUGUGA